GUUGCUGGUGCUUGCGUGUGGUCAGCAUGAUCCCAGGUCAUGGGCCGGUGAUCCAGGCGGUGCUAGGGACGUGUCUCACCUGGGGCCUGACAGCAGCUGGCUCAGCGCUGGUGUUUGUGUUUUCCAGUGGCCAGAGGCGGAUCCUCGAUGGAAGCUUAGGCUUUGCUGCGGGGGUCAUGUUGGCAGCUUCUUACUGGUCCCUCCUGGCCCCAGCUAUUGAAAUGGCUGAGGAAUCUGGAAUUUUUGGAGCCUUUGCUUUCAUCCCUGUGGCUGUUGGCUUUGCUCUGGGAGCAGCUUUUGUGUAUUUUGCUGACCUGCUCAUCCCCGUGCUGGGUUUCAGUGGACCUCCCCACGCAGCUUUUGCCUUGAGCUGUGACCCACGAAUGGUGAAAGAAAAAUAUGAGCAUGAACCCACCCAUCACCUGGACUAUGAAAGCGAGCUGUCCAUCCGGAUAGGUAGAGCUGGGCUCCAUCCAGACAAAGGCGAAAACGGGGAGCCUUACCAGAGGAGGAGAGGAGCGGGGGCCAGCGUGCCGGACGGCCCCCCGGCCUUCCCAGCCCCCAGAGGCAGCGCCCCAACGCCCGGCAGCAGCAGCUGGAGGCGGAUCAUGCUGAUGAUCCUCGCUAUAACGAUCCAUAACGUCCCAGAGGGUCUGGCAGUUGGAGUUGGAUUUGGGGCUAUUGGAAAAUCGGCAUCGGCGACCUUUCAGAGCGCCAGGAACUUAGCAAUCGGAAUUGGCAUCCAGAAUUUCCCAGAAGGGCUUGCCGUGAGCCUGCCUCUGCGCGGCGCUGGAUUUUCGACGUGGAGAGCGUUCUGGUAUGGGCAGCUGAGCGGCAUGGUAGAGCCUUUAGCUGGCAUCUUUGGUGCCUUUGCCGUGGUGGUGGCAGAGCCUCUUCUGCCCUACGCCUUGGGCUUCGCUGCCGGGGCGAUGGUCUACGUGGUCAUGGAUGAUAUUAUCCCCGAGGCACAAACCAGUGGCAAUGGGAAGCUGGCUUCCUGGACCUCAAUAUUAGGAUUUGUGGUGAUGAUGUCCCUGGACGUUGGCCUUGGGUAAUGGCAGGUCACCACUCCCCAGGAGAAGACUUCAGAGCAAUCUGUGUGACGGCAGUUGGAACUGGACAUACUUUAUCCUCUAGACUUUUUUGUAUAUAUUUUUUGAUCUGGUUUGGUGUUGAUUACCUAUAAUUUUAUAUAUCUUCCCCCCAUAACAUAAUGUUGAUGAUUUUCAAAGCACAAAUAUGGGUGGCUUCUUGCAGGUCCUGGUUUCCUUUUGCCACCAGAUUUUCUUUUUUUCUCAGCAAGGUUGUUGGUAAGACGCAUCGACUGGGCUGCAGGUUACAGUUUACUUUCCCUUCAGCUCUGGGGUUGUUUCUCUAAGCCAGGUCGCUCUUGGUUUCGAUCAUCUUUGUUCUGUAGAAGAUUAGAAAUUCACUGUCAAGUGUUUACGCUGCUCUGUGGUUAAGUACCAAGGCAUUUGAAUGGAGUAAACUCCUUAGAGUCUCAGUUUCCACACUUGAUGUCAAAGGCAGGUGGAAGUAUUAGUCCUAAGGUAACAUAGUGCUUUGUGGAGUAGCAGGUCUAAUAUAGCCUGCUGGUCCUGGGAAUUUUUUAGGGUGCUAGUUGUUUUGAUGGAUGCAAAUAGCCCAAACCAAUAAAAAAUGAAUUGUCUUGGUAUCUCUGCAAGACAGAAAUAUCUUUUUUCCUGAAAUGUAUCUCCCAAGUGGGGCUUUGUUGCAAUGCAGUGUGGCUUGUCCAAUAGCCAGAGCUUUUCUCCUUUAAAGAAAAUGGAGAGAAGAAUAUGUCUGUUUUGUAGCAUGCAAUCUGUUAAAAGGCAAGGUGUGGUUAUCCACGUUGUUGAUAAUGUGCUAUGUGAUGGUGGUAAGGCAGGAUUCAUUUCCACAUGGGCCAGUGACUGUGUUUCUAAUGUUACUGAGCAACAGCUAUUUUAUGGCUGCUCUUUUAAAUAGUUAAUGACUCUUUGCUUUUUUGAAAAUCUCCAUGAAGUGUUAAUGUGGGCUUUUCCCAGAGGUUGCCCUGUUAGCACGUCAUCUGUGCCGUGGCCUUUGAAGAGCUGGGAGCUGAAUCAGACUUGACAGAGGAUCCGAGUGGGAGAGCAGCUCUCCUUUCCCUUAGCAGUAUCAGGGUGAAAUAAUUUAUGAGGAUGAAUUAAUUAUCCAAGCAGAAGAGCCAGAAACAUGUACCGUGUGUAUCUGCCUCUUCACCCCUCUUCUUCCCAAGCGUCUCUGGUCUAGCAGCCACUGCUGAGCACACAGAGCUGCUUGCUGCAGGGACCGGGAGCGAGCCCUGCUCAGCUCCUCGGGCAUCCCGUGCUGCGCAGGGGCCUGUGCCGGCCGCGGUGCCACCUCCGUCACCUCGAGGGAAGGACAAAAGGCAGGAGUUGGCAUAAUGAUGUAAAACACCCCUCCCUCUUGGCUGAGGAUGCUUCCUUCUUCAGUGAAAGGGGGUUCAUUAGCCUCUUUGGGAGGAACAAUUAAUAACUGGAUUGCCUGGCUGAUAUUUGACUUGCUCAAUCCCUCCACAGCCGUGACUGCCAGAGGUUGGUUCUCGGGGAACUGGGGCUGCGUGCGUGGGAGAUUAUAAACUGUCUUUAGGUCCUGCUAGAGAGGUUGCAGGAAGGCAGCCCAAGGGAGUAGGCUUGACUAAACUAAGUUCAAGCCAUGGAUUUUUUGUUUGGUUCCUUUUCGGUUGGAUUUCGUUUGUAUUUCAUCUGUAUGUCAAUCUGGAUGAUACAAAACUACUGUUUGCUGAUGGAUUCGACCUUUUAACUGUGAUUGGUUUCAAUAAAUGGGAAAUUCAGCGUUUGUACUGAUUUGUUUUAAUAGAGUAAAUCCAUGCCUUUUCUUC